GGAAAAGCAAUGGCGACGAGGGGCUCUGGGUUUUCACGGACCCAAAAAAGCCGCGGAAAUUCAAGCAAAAACGUAUUUAAUAAAAUCCAACAUGGCCAAAUCACUGGUGUGGGGCUUACUAGAGGUACUCAGGUUCCUAUUGCUCUCCUGGAGGAGAGAGAUAAAAGAGCUCAAUGGCAUGGAAUUCCAGUGUUAUUGAGGAGACUUCAUGAGAGCAGCCACCCUAACAGUGAUCUCACCAAGAUUCACUGCAUGGUCAUGGAACUGUCAUCAUUGCUUUCUAUGGAGGCCAUGUCAUUUGUUACAGAGGACCGCAAGACGCCACAGGAAUCUCUUUCACCCAAUACGUAUACGUUUGACCUGUUUGGAGGAGUUGAUUUGUUUGUGGAGAUCCUGAUGACGCCAACACUCACAGUACAGGGAGACCUACCUAUAUUGAGUGAUGAUCUUAUCAAGGAUUGUCUGAGUGUUCUUUACAACUGCUGUAUAUGUACAGAGGGCGUUACAAAAAGCCUUUCAGUGAGGGAUGAUUUUGUCAUAUUCCUUUUUACUCUCAUGUCUAACAAAAAGGUUUUCCUUCAAACUGCCACUCUUAUUGAGGACAUUUUGAGUGUGAGGAAGGAAAUGAUCCAACUAGAAGAAAUUCCCAACCUGCCCAGUCUGGUCCAAAGCUUCAACCAGCAGCAGCUGGCCAACUUCUGUCGUAUCCUCUCUGUUGCCAUAUCAGAGCCAGAUGUUGGUGUGGAUGACAAACACACUCUUCUGGCCCGCAGUACCCAGCAGAAGACCAACACCUGCCCAUCACGUGCUGAGAGAAACCAGAUGGCUCUGCUAAAUAUCUCAGGGUUUAUUGAGCGUCUUUGUAAGCUGGCCACACGGAAAGUUUCAGAAGCAGAUGGUGCUUCUGCCAGAUUGGAACUGGAGGACUGGCACAGUUGGCUUGACAAUGCCCUGGUGCUGGAUGCCCUCAUGCAGCUAGCGAUUGAGGAAGCGGAGCAGAGUAGUACAGAGUCGUCUGAUGAGAGUUCCUUGUCAUCCAGUCCACUCAGACACAGGCUUCCCCAGUCCAUGAAGAUAGUCCAUGAGAUCAUGUACAAAGUGGAGGUUCUCUAUGUGUUGUGUGUAUUGCUUAUGGGCAGACAAAGAAAUCAGGUUCACAGAAUGCUGGCAGAGUUCAGGUUAAUUCCAGGACUCAAUAACCUGUUUGAUAAGCUGAUCUGGAGGAAACAGCCUUCAAGCCAUGUCUUACACCGGCAGAACCAGAACUGCGAUUGCAGUUCGGAGAUCUCGUUCAAAAUUCAGUUUCUCAGGCUGCUGCAGAGCUUCAGUGACCACCACGAGAAUAAAUACCUCCUUCUAAGUGGACAGGAGCUGAAUGAACUGAGUGACAUCUACCUGAAUGUGAACAUCUUUGAAAUGGAGUCACUGAAUAAUACAGACAGGAAUCUUGUGUGUGAUGGUAAAAAAGGUCUUCUCACACGGUUAAUCUCAGUUAUGAAGAAGGAGCCAAUUGAUUCAUCAUUUAGGUUUUGGCAAGCAAGAGCAGUGGAGAGUUUUCUGAGAGGAACACCGUCAUAUGCAGACCAAGUGUUCCUGCUAAGAAGAGGCUUGUUAGAGCACAUUCUCUAUUGCAUCAUCGACAGUGGCUGUAAGUCCCAUGAUGUACUUCAGAGCUACUUUGACCUACUUGGUGAGCUCAUGAAGUUCAACAUCGAUGCCUUCAAAAGAUUCAACAAAUUCGUCAACAGUGAGGAAAAGUUUCAGAUAUUUUUGACUCAGAUCAACAGCUCUCUGGUGGACUCUAACAUGCUGGUGCGAUGUAUUGUCCUUUCGUUAGACCGCUUUGAGAGCCAGAAUGAAGACAUUAAAGUGGUAGAAGUGUUUUCAGAGUGUCGUCUCUUGUCCUACAUGGCUCAAAUGGAGAACCGGCUGACCUUUCUUUUUAGACUGAUCAACAUCAUCAAUGUUCAGACUCUCACCCAGGAGAAUGUGAGCUGCCUAAACACCAGUCUGGUGAUUCUGAUGCUAGCCAGGAGGCGGGGCAAGUUGCCUCUCUAUCUGAGCGCUCUAAGAGAGAAGGAGUAUGCAGAAAAAUACCCCGGCUGCCUGCUCAACAACUUCCACAAUCUGCUGCGCUUCUGGCAGCAUCACUACCUCAACAAAGACAAGGACAGCACCUGCCUUGAGAAUAGUUCUAGUAUUCCAUUCACCUAUUGGAUGGAGACAGUUUCAGUACUUCUGGGUUCUGGUAGAAGCUCACCCUGUGCCAUCGCCUCUUACAUAGAUAAAGCCUACAGGGACCUGGACAGAGACUUCUUAGAACUGUGACUGUCGAGACUGUGUGAUAUUUUAAACUACUUAGAGGACUCCUUUCCACAGAAUGUCAUCAAUGUGUAUGAAUUUAUUAGACUUGGUCCAUUCAGAUGCAUUACAAAAUAGGGGUUUGUGGUUGAAGUUCUCUUAGUGUGUGGACGUGUGUGUGUGUGUGUGUGUGUGUGUGUGUGAUGAGUGUGGAUGUAGGUUCGAAUGAAUACCCAGAUGACAUGCUAGUGAGGGUGUUGAUCUGCUUGAUUGUGUGUGUUGGCUGGCUCUGGUGAUAUCAUGGCUCAGACUCAGAGUAUUAGCUGUGCAGCAGAUGUGUGCUUUGGAUUAUGGUGGAGGUGUGUGUGUGUGUGUGUUUACAAUGGCACUUCACUCAGGAUGUUUUACUGUCAGUCCAUAGAUUUACAUCUGCCUUGUUCUCUAGUGCACAAGCUCUCUCUCAUCUCUCCUGUAGGUUGAGUUGUCACACCUGGACAUAAAUUCCUGUAAGUUGUCAGGAAGAGCCUCACUGCCCACUGGCUGUGAAAUUCAGGGACUUCCCAAAGUCUUAUGUUGGUGGUUGGCUUAGUUUACAUUAUGCCUGUAUAUUUAUGUAAUGUAUGUAGUUCUCACUUGAUCUUUAAAUUUACCUUGUCAGUCCCAAACUCAAAGUGACGACACAAUUGCAAGAAAAUAAAAUAAAUAAAUUGUUUUAUCACAA